GGCGGUUCCUGGAUGUAUCAGGAUCUAUCUAAACAACACUUCACCCUGCUGAACAAACUCAGACUUGGGCCUCCCGCACGUCAUCCAGUCCAGCCUUCUUGGAGUUACCGGCCAGGUGGACGGAGUAUACACAACAUAAAUAUUCGAAAUGGAUUCCGAAAGCAAUAAUGGAGAUCCAUCGGCUGAGCGACCUGUCUUAGCUUCUCGCGCGUGUGACAAUUGUCGUGUCCGUAAGGUCAGAAGAGUGGAUAUAGACAUCAUCAUUCCACCCGCCUUGCUGUAGUUAUGGUUGCUAAAAGUGGAUCUACAGAUCAAAUGUGAUAGAGCUUCUCCAUGUUCAAACUGCCGGAUCGCGAAGAGUAUCUGUCGAACCUCCCCAAGGGUAAAAGAGCAGCGCCAGAGGGUUUUGAUAUCGCAUCAAUACGUCUAAUACCAUCUAGCGAGAAGAAAAUAGAGACCAUAGAUGAGAGGCUUACGAGCAUUGAGCGCCUUCUACAAGAUCUCGCGUUAUCCAUCCCGACUUCAAGCCAAGCGCCACCCAACACCCGACAGUCAAGCGACCAUUCACGACAAAAUGACGGCGCAAAGGUCCGUUCGGUCAUCCAAAAAUCAGAGGCAACCACCCCGAGUGCGCAUUUUGAAGGAGAAUCCGCCCUCAGUGCGCAUUCGGUUCUUGCAAGUGCUAUUUUCGAACAGACGAUGGGAAGUAGUCCGAAUAUAGAGCAGAAUCCAGCCAUGAUCCAAGCCCUAUCGUCAUUGCGAGAUAUUGUGAAAGGGCAAACUCGUCCCUAUCAUUAUCCUAUUUUUUUUCUCACCGUUCCGAUGUUGGAUUUGCCGUCCUUCACUCAACUUUGCAAAGAUUUAUAUUUUUGCACCGACGAGUACUCUAGUGCCCAGUUUGCUACUGUUAACUGCGCACUUUCGUAUCUUUUCAAAGAAUACACAUAUUAUGGACCGAAUGGCACAUUAAAGGACAAAUUUAACGAAUACUCUGAUAUGUGUAGAUUGAAUUUUGAAACCAUUAUUAGCAGUUUUGACCUGUUUGUGGAGCCAAACUACGAUAAUAUUCUAGCGCUCGCCUUUGGAGCCUUUCAUGCAACUGAACUUUCCAAAACUUCGCUUUGUUGGAAUUUCACUGCCGUGGCAGCUCGAAUGUGCCAGAGUUUGGGCUAUCACCGUACAUUCCCCAGAAGGGACGAGAGUGGAGGGGAUACUCCUACCAAUGUUACAAGAGAAAGAUCACUUUUUUGGUUCAUAUAUAUGAUGGAUAAAAGCAUGUCUUUAUGUUUGGGCAGAACCUCUACUCUCCAGGAUUAUGAUAUCGCGGUUGAAUACCCGGAAUUGCCAGAUGAUCCUGGCCUACGCCCCUGGCGCCUGCUUUACCAAUAUUGGACUGAAUACAGCAAAAUUGUGGGCAGAGUUUACGAACUUCUCUUCUCUGCCCGGGCGUUAUGCGAUAGUGCGGCAGAACGUUCGAGGAAAGCCCAGAAGCUCGAGGAAGAAAUCAAAGAUUGGCGCACCACAAUGGCCCGAUUUGAACCAGGCGACGCAUACCACGCUUUCUUUUUUGGUUGGAUGAUCCCAGGCGCAGACCUGAGUUACUAUUUGCUUCUUACUUUGGUAUAUCGCGCGCUCCCGCCUACACAACCGCCAGAAACUCCGUCCGGCCUGAGUUUACUCUGUGUAGAGGCUGCUAGACGAGCCCUACAACUUCACCAACAUGUCAUGUUGACAUUUCGUGCGAAAGACACGUAUGUGAUGAAAGGAUAUGUAGAUUGGACCAUUUUGCAAUGCCCUUUCGUUCCCUUCCUGGUAAUUUUCUGUCACACUAUAUCCUCGGGUGACCUGGACGAUUUGAAAUUGCUCGAAGAGGUCGCAACCAGUCUACAGGCUGCAGGGAGUCUUUCAGAAGGUGCUGAGCGAUUGUAUCGCUUGUGUAUGGUGUUCUAUCAGGUUGCGAAAGUAUACGUGGAUGCAAAACGCCAGGAAGCUGAGAACACAAAUACCACCUCGGAAUACCAACCAAUUGCUUAUCCGGGUGAGCAAUUCGACAGUUAUUUGAACGCUCUUGGCCUGGGACCGUCUUUGGCACCUUCAAUGCUAAGAGGGCAUGCUGAUAUUGGCAAUAAUGACGGCGUAGAAGUAAUUCCUGAACUUUUUGACGUUGAGAUGGCGCAGUCUUUAGAAGACUGGUAUUUGGGCAACAGGCAUAUGAUGGGAUUGCUAGAGUCGGACUUUUGAAACAAUACCUGACUCGUGUAAUAUAAAUGAGGCGUCAUCCCUAGGUGGGAUCGUUGGUUAGGCUUUUCCGUACCCCAUACG